AGUUCGUGAUCCACCCGAAGCGCGCUCGCGAGAGGAUCCACCCCAAAAGAGCGACAGUGGUGGGGGUAGAAAAAAGGGUAGCCACUCUUGGCGCAUGCGCGCUUCCGCCAGCUUCGAGCUUUCAAAUUUCAGCUCAGUCGCACUAACAAGAUGGACGGUGGAGCGUACGGCGGAGGAAAGGCAGGAGCUCCUUUCGACCCCAUUGCCUUCGUUCAAAGGCCUCAAGUCAUCUUAAAAGCCGUAUGCCUGCUCUUCGCGAUAAUCGUGUUUGGAUGCAUAAGCAAUAAGGGUUACAUUACAAGGGCAGACGGGAAAGAGGUAUGCAUCUACAACGAGGACCACAACGCCUGCAAUUACGGGAUAGGAAUCGGAGUGUUCGCCUUUCUAGCCAGCAUCGGGUUCCUGGUUGGGGAGUAUUUCUUCGAGCAGAUGUCCUCUGUUAAGACUAGGAAGCACUUCGUUCUCCUCGACUUGGGAUAUUCAGGUCUCUGGGCAUUCCUUUACUUCGUUGGAUUCUGUUACUUAACUAACGCUUGGAACAAGUCGAGUCCACCGCCUGGCGACUACGGAUUGUGCAACGCCCAAAGCGCCAUCACCUUUUCCUUCUUCUCCAUUUUUACCUGGGCCGCCUGCGCCUGGUUCGCCUUCCAAAGAUUCAAGCAAGGAACCGACGCCGCUUUCGCUCCCAGUUACGAGGCUGAUCCUGUCGGUGGGACAGGAUAUACAAGCUACCCUGACGCGAACGACACUGGAUACCAAGAUCCGCCAUUCGGUCAACAGCAGCAGCAACAACAGCAACAGCAACAACGGAUGCCCGAUUUCCAAGCUCCGGCUUACUAACCCCUUCAGACAUAAUCUAACACUAUCGAUAACUCAAAACACAACGCAAAAAUCAGUAGGAAAAAGAAGACAGAAGCUCCGCGAGAAACUCUUCGAUCAUUCGAUAAGUCAUUGAGCAAUGUCGAUAGAGUAAGUUUUCAUAGUAAGACAACUAUAGUGAAUGAAAGGGAAACGGGAAUGGCUUUAGACGGGGAUGAAAGCGAGAGAUAGGGAAGCAGACGUGAAGGAGAAGGGGUAUAGAAGAGAAUGCGUGGGCAUAUGCGCGAAAGACAACAAAAUGUUACUUGUUAAAACUGUGCUUCUUAUUGUUGACCACUUAAUAAGUCUUACACCUGGAAUAAUUGGCGUAAGCGAAAACGAAGAAAGAAUAAAAGACAAAAAAAAAAUUGGGUUACUGCCCUUGGGUACACAUUCGAAAUUGAGAUAACGAAGAGUGCAAAAGAGCGAUGCGUGCGUGGGUGUGUGUGUGUGCGUGAGAGAGAGAGAGAGAAAGAGAGCUCGCGCGCGAGAGAGUAAGAUGGACACUCACCAUCCAGAGAAUUAUAUAUACAGGGUGUCCCACUUAUCGCGAACAUCUUCGCUCUACUAUUGAAGAUACGAAAGAGUAUCUAAGGGAAACGUUAACUCAAUGUCUUUGUUAAUUAAACCUCUAUGUUACGUAAUUGUAUAAUUAAGAUGUGUACGUUAUAUUGCGAACAAACUAAAAUUAUUUGGUAAAAUGAUAUUCAGCGUGCGACUUGAACGUUUGACGAGCCCAUACAGGCCAUGAUACGAUUCGUGAUAUAACCUUGAGGGCGAAAAAGUAUGUUUAUAAAAUCGAGGAAAGUAGAAUUACUCCGCAGAAUGUAAACCAGGGACGAUAAAUCAGGCGGACAGGUGAUGUUUGCACGUUCGAUACGACGAACAUAUCGCGUCAACAAUCGCUGUAAUGCUCGCUGUAACGCUCGCGACUGCUUCCUCGCGACUGCUUCCUCGCCAGUGACUGCGACGCUCCUUUUAGUUUUACACGGAUGAACACUGCCCGUUUCGUAAAAUAAGUUCACAAUCCGCUGAUAACUUAGCACGAGGAGGGUGAAACCUUGUCGAAUAUAUCUCCAUGUAAACGCUCACACGCUCGAAUCGCAUUUCUUCCAGCUACAUCGUACACGACGAAUGUCACGCCCGUUGUUUCUUUUUUACUGUGCACAUUUUCGUAACGAUUACAAUUUUUUAACGAUCUUUCAGAGCCACUGAACAAAAGAACGCUCGAAUCGUGCAGGUCGACGAGUCUAUAACAUCCUGGCUUCGGGAGAUAUCCAUAAGCGAAGGAGGUUCGAAUAAAAGAUAGAUUGGGAGUUUUGCGUGUUAAUCUUAAGGAUUGAGGACUAAUUUUUCGUUCUCAGGGCUAUGAAUCAUCCAUGAAUCGUUGAGCUUACGUAUGGUACUAUGUAAAAAAAAUACUGGUAACCUUGAAAUGAUUCAAGGUGAUCCACUGGACCACUUUUUCACAUUUUCAAUAGUAGCAGAUGUAUUUAAGGUGCUGACGAUGAAUGGGACACCGUGCAUAUACAAAUAUAAAUACAUACAUAUAUAUGUAUAUUAUAUAUUAUAAUAUAAUAUAUAAGAUGUGUCGAUAAUAGAGCAGUACAAGCGAGAAAUGUAAGGAUUCUGCGUAGCUGAAAUCAUGGAAGCGUAGAAAAGUGACUCAACCUUUUUCCGAGCCUCGAUUUUCUCGAAUCGAGUCACGAUUUGACAAAAAAUUGACUGUGUACGAAGCUUUGUCAUCCGUUCAGAACCGUGAACGUUCCCCAGAGCAAACGCACAGCCGCGGAUAGCUAAAGAGGCGUCUACCCCCUUUCGAUUGUUUUCUUCUUUCAAUCGGGGAAUUUUUAUAUUUUUCAUUCGUAUUGCUGUUCUCAGAACACUGUGUAUAUGUACACGUAUAUAUGUAUACACGCUACACAUACAGGGUGUCCCGUGUAGAGUGUUACAAACAGUUUUCUCUGUAACUAACGAAGCAAAUGUUGUAAGAGCUAUUCAAAUGACACAAAAUUAAUGUCACCUUCCAUUCAAAAGAGAAAUAAUAAGCGAGUCACUUAAACGUAGGAUUUUUCGUUUUUGAAGUUAUAGCAUCACUGGUUCCCGAGAAAAUAAAUUAUAGCAUUUCACACGGGACACGCUGUAUAACAUAUAUGUAAUGUAAACGGAUAAAAAGGAUAGCGGCUCUGUAAUAAUUCUUAAGUAGUUACAUGCACAUAUAUUUUACCGUGUUAUAACGUGUUCAUAGAGAAUCGCGGAUACGACUGUAACGUUACAAAUGCAGGACCUAUCGUGACAUUAGGAUUCCGUUGGAAAUUGAAUUGUACCUUGAUUCCACUUAUCGUUACGGCACGGUCUUACUUAGAGGAUCUUCGAACUCGCAAUACGCCGCGUCGACGCAUCAGCGGGUCGCGAUUACGCUUUUUAUAAAUUAAAAACACACACACGGUGGCGCGUUACACCUCGGAGUCCGAGAUAAAAUUCAAUCUUUCGAGCUCUGAAACACACAAACGAACGAAGAACGUCUUCGAGUUUAAACUGACGUCGUCGAGACAAUGGAACAAACGAAUUAUACGUAAUGUAAAAGAAACACCUCUGAAAUACUACAUGUACCUACGCCUAAUCUGAUAAGUUUUCAUCGAUUCUCUUUAUUGUAUCGUCAAUAUAAGUUAUCGAUAUAACAUUUCUUCCUCGAGGGAAUUUUUAAUGUGAUUUAAUUUCAUCUUAGAUUUUUUUUUUAAAUCAUCAACAUAGUAUACAACAUAACACAAACGUAUUUAUGUAGGGGCAUUUUAAUAGUUUUAACACAUUAACUGUCAGCCUGAUAAUCGUGGAAAUUCCUGAGAGGUUAAAUUUGUUUUCUGUAGAAUUAGAAACGGCAAUAUAAUUAUUUUCGUGAGCUCUUCAGAAGCUAUCUCUUUAGAAGCUCCUAUCCAGAUUCAUUUUUGUGACGUGGCAGUCAACGUGUUAACUCGUUUGUAUUAUGACUAGACUGCGGAUCUUUAUGCAUUUGUAGAAAGUUUGAAUGUGCGAGAACCUACAAAAUGCAAACAAUAUGCAAGAAUAUAAAAAAGAUUGAAAGUAAAGUCCGCGUUAUAAUAUAUUUGCAGAAUAAAAUAAAUUUCUAUUUAGGUUCAAUUUUCACGUUCGCGAAGAUUUUAUUUUGCAUAAAGAUCCGCAGUCUAAUUAUGACGCUUUGAAUUUGUGUAUCACGUAUAGAAUAUGAAUUUUUAGAGGCCCCUUUGAUUGGGAACUUAGGCAGAUGUUUUUCUCGUUUAUAAAAUAAGAUAAUGCGCCACUGGUCUGGAAUGUUCAUCGUUGCGUCGCAAUUACGCGUGUAUUUCGGUUGAAUGUAACGAUUCAUUUACGACGAGAAGUCGAGAAACGAAAUUGACGUUGAGUUACGUUGAUGUUGGUAUUAUAAGUUCGAUACGCCGCGAACACGAUUACUCGACAGUACGUAGUAUGUACAGUGGAUGCAAUUGAGAAAUUGGGAGAGCAAUGUUACGAGCAAUUAAAGCGAAUAUAUACAUAUAUAUUUUUGUCGUAAGACUUUUAAACAAUUCCACCUUGCAUUGUUCAAUUAACAUUUAAAGUAAUUAACUGUAACCUUUUUUCUUUUUCUUUCUUUGCGAUUCGCGAAACGUUCUUCUUCCAGUUUCUCAAUUUAGUUGUACGAUUAAUCAAAUUGCGUUUCUGUAAUUAAUAAACGUUCGCAACGACGAACGAAUAUUGCGGACUCGA